GAGCUGGAGUUCUUUAGAAGUGAACUCCAGAGACAGAGAGUUGAUGUUGAAUCUUCAAAACAAGCUUUGAUCAUGGAGAAGGACCAGUUAGAAUAUGAUCAAGCGGAAAUCAAUCAACAAAACAUGAAGUGCAUGCUGCCAUGAAAGCAUAUGAUGUGGAUCUGAAAAAUCUAGAAAAGAUGAGGAAUGAACUAGAAAAUGAGAGGGCUGAACUUGACGAAAAGUUCCAUGAUGCCACAAAAGCAGAGACGAAACUACAGGAGAUGAAGAGUUUACUAAACAAAGAAAAAGAGCAAGUGGAAGUAAUGAAGCAGAUGGUCAUCACAGAGAGACAUUUGAUUGAACAGGAGAAUGCCGAGCUUCAGAAGAAGUCAGAGAUCACUGAAAGACUCAUUCAGGAAGCAAACAAUGAGAGAGAGAGAUUAACAGACCUCAGUCUAAAACUUCAAAUGCAAAGAGAAGAUAUAGAGAAUAUCAACACAGAAAUAGAGACCAAGAAGAAAGAUCUCAAUAUAAUGAGUGCAGAACUUCAAGAUGAUAAGAUACGACUGAAAAAUGACAGGGAUAUUCAUGAAGGGGAAAUGACACAUCUGCAGAUUAAGAGGAAAGAGUUAGUGAUGGAAACAGUGGACCUGGAAAGAAAAACUUUACAGCAGAAAGAACAAGAUGAGAUGGCGAAACGAGAGAUUCAAAAUCAGAAAGAGGCUCUAGAGCAAAUGAAGAUGGACAUUCUGAAGGAAAGAGAUGAUUUUGACAAAGAGAAGAAAGAUUUACAUUCAGAACAACAGGAACUGGAUACACGUCAAAGAGAACUGAAAAGAAAGGAAAGUGAGCUUGAAAAUAGAGAAAAAACGUUAAUGGAAGAGCAGCAGCAGCUGACUCAAGAUGAAAUUUAUAAAAUAAAGAAGGAGAUUGAAAGGAAUCUGGAAAGAAAGGAGGCUGAAAUUCAAGAGGAGAGACAGAGAUUAAUGGAAAUGGGUGAAACAAUGACAAGAGAACGCAAUGAAUACAGAAAGCUGAUUGAAGAAGUGCAGAAAGAAAAAGAGCAGAUUGAAAAGCAAGAAACUGAGAAAACAAAAGUGAUGCUUGAAAAGGAAAAGACAGAAAUUGAUAAAGAAAAGAAAGACUUGGAAAACCAAAUGAUGGGCCAGACUGAGAAGAUAGAAAAGGAAAGACUGGCCCUUGAGGAGAUGAAGGAAGAACUUCUUCAUGAAAAACAAGAAAUGGAGGAAGAGAGGAAUAACUUGGUGACUUUAAGCAACAACCUAGAAGUUUUAAGAGCAGAGUUGAGGAACAAGCAAAAGGAAAUUGAGAUUUGAAGAAGAAACUUAUUUUGGAAAAAUCUAACAUUGAGGAAUUGCAGGUUGAGAUACUUAACCAGCAGCGACAGAAUGAUCAAACCAGUGAGGAAACAAGAAAGAGAGAGAAGAUCUG